CUCAGUGUACGUGAAUAGUCAUGUGAUAUUCGUUUUCAGGGGAGCAAGUCUGGACGGAAAUCAUUUCGAAAACGAUGCUGAAAAGCAUGUGUGGAUGGAGAUCUUUUUCGUUUUAAAAUCCCGUUUUGAAAAGAAAACAUAUAAGUGUGGAUGUAGCCUUAGACCUGCAGGAUGGACACACCAACACAGUAGGGGGCCGGAAGUUGCAGCCAGGCGCCAUUUUGUUAAUUUGAGCGUGCCAAUUAAAGGGAAGCGAAACAUGGCUGGUUUAAUGUCAAAUUUUGGUCAUUACACCCACGCCGUCGUUCGGGGAGUCCCCGCGUCCCUGGCCAAAGAGGCGCUCCGGAGCAGCCAGGCGGAGGUGGACCUGGACAAGGCGCGGAGGGAGCACAAGGCGUACGUCGAGGUCCUGGGGCCGAGGCUCGGGCUGGAGGUGGUGCAGCUCCCCGCGGACGAGUCGCUCCCGGACUGCGUGUUCGUGGAGGAUGCGGCCGUGGUGUGUGGUGACACGGCGCUCAUCACCAGACCCGGGGCAGAGAGCAGGAGGAGAGAGACGGAGGCAAUGAACAGAGCUCUGAAGGAUUUGAAUCUGAACAUUGUGGAAAUGACCGAUGAGAACGCCACACUGGACGGAGGAGAUGUGCUUUUUACAGGUCGAGAGUUCUUUGUGGGCCUUUCCAAACGGACCAAUCAGAGAGGAGCCGAGAUUCUAGCAGAUGCCUUUAAGGACUACGCUGUGUCGACCGUGCCUGUGCUGGAAGGGCUGCAUCUGAAAAGCUUCUGCAGUAUGGGAGGACCAGGCCUUAUUGUCAUCGGCUCCAGUGAACCAGCACAGAAAACCCUCAAAAUCAUGCAGCAAAUGAGUGACCAUCGCUAUGACAAACUGACGGUGCCUGAUGACCUCGCUGCCAACUGCAUCUACAUGAACCUACCUAAUAAGGGACAUGUGCUUCUGCACCCCAGUGCAGAGGAGUAUCCAGAGAGUGCAAAGGUGUUCGAGAAGUUGAAGGACUACAUGCUGAUCCCCGUGUCCAACGGGCAGAAGGUCAAAGUGGAUGGAGCCCUCACAUGCUGCUCUGUACUCAUCAACAAGAAAGCCAACAUCUGAGCGUGCUCACCAGGGGGUCGCUCAGUGCAUGGGUAACAAGCGGAGCCUGUUUUAAAUCACCAAGGAUCCCAAGGUUUAUCAAAACCAUCUUGUAAUUUAGAGGAUAGAUAGUGAAGUUCAUUGUUUCGAGGGACAAAGAAAAUAUAAAUUGGAGGUAAUCAUCUGGUCUCCCUUUAAUUUCCUACAUUUUUUCUAAAAAGUCUGUGAAUACAAAAGUUGACAUAAAACACAAUUAUUUUUAUGUUACUGUUGCCUCUAUAAGAAUUUUGAUAUUAAAUCAAAUGUAAUCUUAUUUUGCUCUUGAUUUGGAUGAACUCUAACACUUUCUUUCAAAACCUGAAUAAUAGGCAUAAUGGCUCCUGAAUUCUCCCCAUGUUAAGUCAUAUAUGUUUUUUGACAGUAUGUACUCCAAUUAGUCUACAAGCUACUCAAAUUUGAUUCUAAUUAAUCUGACCUCAGGUCAGAGCAGGAGAAGACCAUGUGCCACGAUGAGCAUGUUUAAAGGUUUUCUUGGAGCAUGGUGUAGGGAACAACCAUAAACAUGUUAAUUAUUGCUGCUUCUUUACAGUUGGUGCUGAGUACAUUUUAUGACUCUACAAUAUUUCAAAACCACUAACAUGCAAUUCUGUACUUUAUAAAAAAUGCUUGGCCAUAUAUCUGACUAAUUGGUUGUUUUGAUUUCUCCUAUUGAAAAUACAAUUCUUUAAAAGCUUUCUGGAGAUAUGAGCUUUAGGUUUUGCAAUGUUAUGAUUUUUUAUGACUGAUUUAAAUACUGCCUUUGAGACCUUAGGUGCUCUUACUUUUCAUGACUAUUACUUACUAAUCAUUGCUAUUGAACGUACGGGACUUGAGACAAUUUUUGACUAAUCUCAAUAAUUGCCACCAGCUAUAGAAGCUAACAGUAGCCUGAUCAUUUAUUCCACAUUUCUUGAUUUGUGGCCAUUUUGUGAAGGAAUUUGGCAUCCCUUCUGGUGAGCCCUUGUUUAGAUUCAUAUGAGGAUGCAAACUUAUUGAUCUGUGGCAACCCUACGGAGGACACUGCCUGUGUGGGAAAUGGCUGUUUUUUAUUAGUAUAAGUUAUCUUUCUUUCAUUCCAACAUAACACCUCUGCUCUCCCUAAUGCACGUCUAUAUGGAAAACCAAUUCUCUCCAACCAAUUCUCUCCUUCUAAAUGAUACCGAAGCGAUUGUAGUUUUCUCACUGUAUUGGAUCUGCCAGUGUUUUGAUUACAUUGGGGUUUUUUCCAUCUCUGGCGGUUUUUACUCGGAAACUGACUCAGAGCAUGCUGUGAAACUGAUGUUCCACCAAAUCCAGUAGCACCGAAUGUGACUGCAGAGUGUUUGCACUCAGCAUGCAGAACGAGCAAACUGUUUGGUGUGUUUCCACGUGUGUUCACAGUGGUAUUUGCAAACAGGAGUUUAAAGGAUGUUGAUGUGCACUGUUUUGGUGGCCUUAACUCUGUUGUUGCUGAAUUAAUGUUUAAAUCAUUUAGAUCUGACAGCAUAGGGUAUGUAACCUCGUAAACUGUGCAUACACUAUAUACUGUCCAUGUUAAAGCCCAUUAUAUGUGAAACCAUGUUCUUUCUCAAUAUGAUUGUCAGUGAAAGUUGAGGAAAUUACAUCAGGAGGUGAUUCAACCUCCCUCUGUAGACGUUUGCAUAUGGGCAAGUGGGCAGUGACGAAACAUGGAAAGAAUUCCUGUUGGGAGGAGAGGCUUGUACACCAGUAAACACUGACUCUCUUUAACUUUCUCUGUCUUUCUGUUCCGCUCUCAACGCUCACUCUCUCCCACACUCUUCUAUUGCCUCAUCGACAAUCCGUGCUUAUUUAUGGCCAUGAUAUCACACAGUCUGGCGAACACCGUAAAUGUGAUGGCCUGCCAUUAAAGUUUGACACCAGUAGUAUAUUUUACAGAAGGCGUCUGGCUGGAUGCAGGAUGAUAGCAUAGUUGUAGAACAUCCAGUUCUCAUUCUCACGCUGUUACUCCAGAGGGCUGAGCCAGGCAGGACCCAUCAUACACUGUCUGAUUAUUACAAUGUCAAUCAUUCGAUUUUAACUAACAUUGUCAUCCCCUCUCUCAUUGAUACAAUUCACCCAUUGGUUGUACAGCUCUGGGGUGCCAUAACCUUUGCACAAUUUAAAUUCAGAACAUUUAAUACAGUUUUGGUUCUUUGUCGGCAAACCUGUCUGUGAGUAACUGGUCUUGAAAAUGUGUGUUGACUUUCUCAAGGGUUUAUUCCUCUGCUUACUAAUCCCCCCACUCAUCACAGUUGUCAUGAUGUUGUGGUUGCCCUUGUUCCAACCGAGGUCUCUUGGAUUUAAUAUAAAUUGUGAAAAAUAAUUAUUUGAGUCAUCUUCAAUUUUGCCUUUCGUCUACUUUGUGUAAUAAAUUAACAUCUAGUAUUCAA